AUGAGCCUACGUCGUCUCCUCCUCCUCAGCGCCAUCGCGCUCAAAGCUCAUGAGUUCGCCGUCGAGGAGGGCUCCAUGGCGUGGGUCGGUGCCAUGGAGGGCGUCGUGUCGCGGUACGCCACGCUACGCAACGCCUUGGACGAGACAUCGGUGCAAAAAUUACGAACCAUCCUCUCGCGCGUCAAGUUCGACGAGGCGCUCGACAGCGUCGACGACAUGCCGGCCUUCGAGCUCUACCUCUUCAAAGCCGGCCCGCGCCGACGCCUCGGCGCGGCCGACGUACGCGCGAACGCCGUCGACGCGUUCGGUCCCGCCCUAGAUGCGAUCUCUAGCUACGUGAACGAGCGCUUCAGCGCGUGCGGCGGCCGCUGCGCGCCGUGCGCCUCGCUCGUGCGGCGGUACCGCGCGGAGGAGCGGACGCGGCAUCCGACGCACUUCGACCACGACGCGUUCGUCACCGUCGUCGUCAGCCUCUCGGACCCGGCGGACUACGACGGCGGCUUGUAUUUCGAGACGAACACGGGCGCUAGACGCUUCGCCGACCUGGCCCUCGGCGACGCCGUCGUCCACCAGUCGGACCUCUUCCACGGCGUCGACGUGACCCGGGGCAAGCGCUGGAGUUUGAUCGUCUGGUUCGAGGACUCGCCCGCGUGCGACGCGGACAGCAAACAGUGGUCCGCGGGCGCGGACGACGCGCUGUCGCUGUUCUUACACUCGUACCGCGUGUCGUCGCGCGCGGAGCGGGCGUCUCUUUUGAAGCGGUCCGCGGCGCUGGGCUUUGGCCGCGCGGCGACGCAAUUGGGCGUCGCGCACGUUUUGGGCGACGGCGUCGAGGUCGACCGGGCCGCGGCGGAGGCGCUCUUCGUGGAAGCCGCGGGGCGCGCGGACGAGGCGGACCUCGAGCCGGAGCUGAACCUGGGCCAGCUCCGCCUCGACCAGGGCCGCGUCGAGGAGGCCGUGCGCCACUUCGAAGUCGCCGCGGCGGCGAGCAACCGCGAGGCGCACCACAACCUCGGCCAUGCGUCGGCGCGCGGCGUCGGCGGGCGACCGAAGGAUGACCGCGUCGCCAUCCGCCACUUCCUCGAGGCGCGGCUUCCCCAGUCGCUCAACGCCGCGAGCAAGGCCUUCGCGCGCCUCGGCGACGACGAGGCCGCGGACGCGUGGCUCCGGCGUGCGGCGGCGCUCGGCAGCGAGCCCGCGAAGCGACGGCUCGCCGCCGCCGAGGGCGAGCUCUAG